UAGGUAUGGAUAGGUACUGUACUGUACUGUAUGUACAUGUACAAGUACAUGUACGUUAACUAACAGACAGGCCAACCCAUCCUCUCUCUAGCUCGCUGCCAAAAACUUGCAAAUUCAUAUCCCCGCCUAUUGAUUAAAUAUUAAAUUUUAUAUGAAGUGGGAGAGUGUGGGAGAGUGUGGGAAUCAACAACAUUCUAGACGUACGUACAGUAACUUACACACCAUUAUUCUUGCCAUUUCCUUCCUCCUCCUCCUCCUCCUCCUCCUCCGCCACCACCACCAAAGACGUUUAUUUGAGAAGGUUGUAACUUGUCAGCCUAUUUCAGUCCUCGUAUAUAGCCCAAGUGUUGGAACCUGAUGGCUUUUUUUUUUUUUUUUUUUUCCCUUCUCCGCACUUCCGGGCUUGUCUUUUAUCGUGUCUGUUUUUCUUCUGUCUGUACAGCAAUAAGUGGAAAUGAAAGAUUCAACGUUGGUUUGGUUUGGUAUGGUUAUCUCUUCCCCCAAAUACGCAGUACAACGAGACUCUUCUGGAGGGUGAGAGGUUCAUCUUUCGUGAUUUGGGGGGCGGGAUUGUAUUUGGAACAACCCAACCCCGCGCGAGGACAAGACCAAAUGCGGUUUCUCCUUAGUAAGAGACGUGGGAGUUAUUUCCUAGGGGUGGGAUAUCACCACAGCGAGUUUAUAGGGGGUAAAUGAAGUGUGAACAAACACUGGAGAAUUGCGACGAUGUACGGAGUACAUACAUUACAUGUACAUGUACCGUAGCGACGAGAAUAAAUAUGCUGAGCCUGGCAACCGUCGAGACAUUGCCGAAGUUCGGCUUCUAUGUAAGGUGAAAGAAAGAGAGCCCCUCGAAAAGGCUCUCCGACGAGAUAAUAAGUCGGGAAGUUCUUGUUGAGUUAUCAAGAAGUAUCAUACUUUUUUCUUUUCUUUUUCUUUUUCGAUUUAUUCUCCGUUGGGGUCUGUUAGGUUCGUUAUUACCAUAGUUAUCUCUUUGGCGGAGAGUUCAGGUUAGGGCCACACAGCAUACCAGGAUUGCAGGAACGGGAACCAGAGGAGCUUCUUUUUAAUAAUAUAUGACUAGGAAAGGGGCAGGAAAAGGAUAAAAAAAGAAAAGAGAAAGUAAGUUAUAAUAGUUAAUGAUUCACCAAGGACUAUUUCAGGAAAAACUAGAUUGGACUCUGCCUUUUAUCGUUUUAUAUUCCCGUUUGUUCCAAGUUCUGCAACUCAAUCUGAUUCCAAGCUGAUUGAUCUUUAUAUAUUUAUAUAUAUAAUUUUUCCCCAGCUUGGGGACUAGAAUAUGUUAUUUCUUAUAUUCUCCAUGGAUGUAAAAAUCAAUAUCCAUGGGAUGUUUGCCAUGAUGGCUACAAGGGCCCCUGGUACUGGUUUGCUUCGGUCAGCCACCGACAACUUAUUUAUCACUAUGUAUUCUUGCAUCUUGCGAGGGUAUGGUAUGGACGUUGGCCAAUAAAAGAGAAGGGUGCUGGUAUUAUUUGCAGAAAAAUUCGCUGGAUGUGUUUGUUUAUUUACUCUUUUUUUUUUUUUUUUUUUUUUUUUUUUUUUUUUUUUUUUUUUUUUAAUGUAGUUGUGAUUGAUAUCCUGGAUAAUUGCCGGAUUAAGUUGCGCUGGGAAACAAGCCGUGUAUUAGAAUCAAUCUGAUACUUUUAGUGCUGUAGAUCAGGGGCCCGCUCAAUUACAAUUUAACAGUAAAUAAACAGUUUACAGUUUACAGGAAUUCUGAAGUUCUGAGGGAAUAGAGCUAUAUAGGCGCCUAGGCCGAGUUGCAGGAGGGUCAGUCAGGAAGAACAUUCAGACAGGAAUAAUAAUAUUAAAUAAUAUACGGAGUAUACUCCGUAUACAACUUAUUAACGCUGCGAAAUAUUCUCAAGCCAUCCGGGGAAUGACAGAUUGGCCGAGCUUGUGAGUUGCCAGACUGGUGCUAAGACUGAUGCUAGACUGAUGCUAGACUGCUCUGCGAAACGCCCUAUAUCUCGGCUUGUCUCACCCUGGUCGUCCGGUCCCAAUGUCUACAUUUAAUAUUAUUAUUAUUGUCGUCGUCGUCUUGCUUUCUUCAUCUUCAACAACUCUCGCUCCUUGAACGCCCUCUGCCCUGCGUCUUGCUGGUGCAAUCCUCUUUCCCCUCUUUCUCUUUAACCCUCGCGGGACCCCUUACAUCAGGAUCUGAAUACUCCGAAAACAACCCUUGGAAGAUAAAUAUAAUCUACGAUUAAUGGACUCGGGAAAGAGAUUACCUCUUGCGUUGCUUUUCCCAUGAUAUUAUUAUUAUUAUUAUAGUCGUCUUCCUCUCCUCCUCCACGAUGUUUGCCCGUAUCUCCUUUCCCUUCGCUUCCCUGAGGUCGAUCCUCCCCAGCAAAGCCACGCCCCCGGCGUCCUCCCAGAGAAAGAGGGAGGACAAUUGGGUUGAUGGCCUCCGUGGUGUUGCCUCCUUCAUCGUCGUUACCGGCCACAUCUGCACCGCCUUCGUUCCAUAUCUACACAAUCCCACCAUUAGAGAGGGUGAGGGCCCUUUGUUAUUCCAACUCCCCUUCUUCAGGCUCGUCGUGGGCGGCCGUGGCGCCGUGGCUAUCUUCUUCAUCAUCACCGGCUUCGUCAACUCACUCAACCCCGUCAAAAAUGCCCGCGCCAACAACACCUCCGUCGCCCUCGUCAAUCUGGCAAGGAGCACCUUCACUCGCUCGGGCCGCCUAGUGCUGCCCACCUCCAUUGCUGUCUGUAUUGCUUGGCUCCUGGCGCAACUUGGUGCUUUUCAUAUGGCCUCUCGGGUUGAUGCGGGCUGGAUCCGCCUACAAGCCCAUGGUCCAGAUGCGUCUUGGGGAGAGGCUCUGAUCAAACUCUUCCGUGCUUUGACUCUAUUUUGGCAUGCCGGCCCAGGUGAAUAUGAUGGCACUCACUGGACACUUGUAUAUUUCUUGCAAGGUUCGUUCCGGGUAUAUUUGGCGCUAUUGGCCAUGAUGCUUCUCCAGACACGGUAUUGGCGCCUUGUCACCGGAUUCCUUUACGUCUGGUGUUGGUCUACUGGAGAUUAUAUCGUUGGAAUAAACAUCUUCGCAGGCCUUGCGCUUGCACAGCUCCAGGUGGACCUUGGCUCUCGGGCUACUUCCUUACUUCCCAAACCCGUCCCCUCGCUCAUCAUCCUCGUGGGUCUGUUUGUAUGGAGCUAUCCACAACACAAUGCACACUGGGCCUACUGGUCACGAACAAUGAAGGAGUCAAUGGAGCUAGUCGUCCCCGCCAACACCGACCUAUCCCGCUACUGGGUCUCCGUCGGCACCUCAAUCCUUAUGGUUGGAAUCUUCUUCUCCCGCAAUGCGCAAAGAGUCCUCACGAACCCCGUCUUCAAUUUCCUCGGCCGUGUCUCCUUCCCCGUCUACCUACUCCACAACUCGCUCAUGCGCACCAUCCUCGUCUGGAUGGCUUACUGGCGUACCGCAGCCACGACCCCAAAGACAGAUGCGCAGGGCAACCUCAUUCAGCUGCCCAAACCGGGCGGACUGGUGUUUGUAUUCAUUCUCCCGAUCUUCUACGCCGUCUUGUACACGGUUGCGUACCUGUGGACUCUAUACGUAGAUCCAUUGUGCGCCAAGACAGUUGACCUGUUGAAGCGCUUAAUGUUUAGGGAGGAGGAGCAACCGCAGGCUGAGAAACCUGUCCCUCUGACUGCCGUGGUGGCAUAACAAGACAACCGUUUCUUUUUUUCCCCUCUUUUCCUCUAUCUCCCGCAUCUUCUCUUGUCGUCUCAUACGUUUUAUUCGUUUUUAUUUAUUUUUUUACAUAUAUUUUCUAUCUCCAGUCGCAUAUGCAAGGAUGCCUAUACAAGCAACCACCACACCUAUCUUACGACAAAAUUGUCCACCCAUUCCUUCCGAGGAGCAUCCUUAUCGGUGUGCAUCUUUUGGAAAAUAAAUGAUCUGAUGCAAUUUUUAUUUUUAUUUGUGCAUAACAUAGCAUGCGGGAAAGCCGACAAGAGGGGACCUGGAAUAUUACAUAUAUUACCCCCCACCACUUUCCUCGUUCAACCGCUACUUUUAAAACCAACCUCCUCCCCCCAGGCCAAAUAUUGAAACCCCCUAGGUUUUCAUAUUUAUAUUUACGAAUUUAUUUAUAUAUUCAUCCUUGGAACUCAUGGUUUCACAGCAGUGUUGUCCUGUCGGUCGAGACUUUUCCAGUGAUAUUUUUCAGGGUUUUCCAGCCUCCCCGUCGAGUCAGCCCAGACCAAUACAAAGCAGCUAAAGAUACUGGGUGUCUCGUGUCAGGCUAUGUUGAGUCCCCCGGGCCUCUGGUUAUCAAUCAAGGCGCGUGAACGUGUUGGGUAUCGGCAGAUGAUCUUCUUGGGGUAUCUACGUUCUGCCAUUGAGAGAGAGACUUUUUGGUUCAGGUGCCGCGAAUGAGGGUUUUCCGCUCUGGGGACUGGAUGGUUUGGGUUGUCAUAUUCCCGGUCUUUACUGCGUUCCUUUUUUCAUUUCUUAUCCGUUUUCUUCUCUUUUUUCUGCGUUUCGUCUUCCGUUGGCAUAUUUCCCCUUUUCAUACCUCAUAUAUAUACGUAUACGAAUCUCACAUCUCCUCAUUCCCUUGUUACUUUUUGCUCUCUUUUCUUUUCUCUUUUGCUUCUGUCAUUUUCCUUCUUGUUCUUUUUCUUUUUCUUUUCCGCUACUGUUAUAGAUUAUGGAGUUCUUUUUGUAUUUGCAUCUUGGGGAAACUACAUACUACCUCACUCUCUAUAUAUACAUAUAUAUUGAUAACUUAAUGCACACAAUGACAUGACUCAACGCUUAAACUCUUGUACAGGAUUUUUCUCUCUCUUUUUCUUUGUAUAUUUACACUCCUUGCGGGCGCCAAUUUGCCUCCCCUAGUAACCCUGGUCUUACGGCUUUUUUCUGUUUCCCUUCUCUGGACAUUGCGCGUCAAUUAAUAGAUUCUACACGCAAGACAAGGGAAGUAAAAAAUAAAAUAAAUUCUGGAAUUCGCAGAGAAAGGAAACUAGCUAUCUUUAACUGAAUAAAAAAGAAGAAGGAACUAAAUAACAGACCAAAAAGGCGGGGCUGCUGAAGAAAGAGAAAGGAAAUUGAAGAGAUCAUUAGGGAUGACAGAGGUGGAAAAUAGAAUAGAACGCUGGAUGGGGCAAGAGAGAGUGGGUGCCUAGAGGAAAGCGGGCUGAUGAUGACGAUGAUGAUGAUGAUGAUGAUGCGGGAUAGGGUGUCGGAGUGGAUGGAUGAUGGC